CCUCUUAACCACCCACACCCGCAGCAUUCUGCAAUGCAAUACGCGGCAGCAAUCCUCCAUGCCCGCUGCUUAUUUCUUUCACUUGGCCUUUGAGCUCUAUCCUACGCGCUCACCAACAUCAUCAUCGUCAUCGUCAGACCGAAUUCCUGCUCCCAUCACCUUCACCCCACCUCCGCAGACCGACAUCUUCACAUCGGAGCUUCCACGACACCAACACCGCCAUUACUUGGAGUACGAGAAGAGGCCUGUAGCCGAAAAUAAACGCCCACGGGCGCCCCGAAGACAUAGUCAUCGAGACAACCCUCGUUUGUCCUUCUCCGAACGCCUACUCGACGCCGAUAGUCCUGUGCCUCCCUUCUCUAAACCAGCCGGCAGUCGUCGUCCACGAGCCCAGAGUGUCGCGCAUGAGGACUGGCGUUUCGACAGUGUUUCCAUCAUCACCAUCGAUAUGAAGCCGGCCGAUGCAGGGCUGGCCACCAAAGGCAGAUAUAUCCCCUCCGACCCCAAGAACACAGAGGUCGGCUGGGGUGUGGUACAUCUAUAUCGAGAAGGGCAGGAGACACCUGGGCUAUACGACGAAUCGCCUGGCGCCGGAUUCAACGAGCAAGAUUGUACUACGCUAUGUAUACUCGCCGUGCCGUCGUAUAUGACGCCUUCGGACCUGCUGGGCUUUGUAGGCGAGGAGACGAGAGAAGAUGUUAGCCACUUUCGACUCAUACGCACUGCGAGGGCAAAUAAGUACAUGGUGCUCAUGAAAUUCAGAGAAGCCACAAAGGCGAGGAAUUGGCGCAAGGAGUGGAACGGCAAGGCCUUCAACAGCAUGGAGCCCGAGUACUGCCACGUCGUCUUUGUCAAAUCCAUUACCUUCCAGUCCGACCCAUCACAUCGUGAUCCGUCAUCUUACCCAAACCUCACGAACGAUCCCUUCAUGCCAGUCCCCUCCAAACAGCCUACUGCGCCGCUUCCCCCAGCAUCAAGUGCCUCUCCUUCCACAGACGCUCCCUCGUUGCCAUCUUCCCUCACUGCUAAACCCCCGGCGCCGCCCACACCCUCUCUAGUCGAGCUCCCAACGUGCCCCGUAUGCUUAGAGCGUAUGGAUGAAACAACAGGCCUUUUGACCAUUCUCUGCCAGCAUGUCUUCCAUUGUGCAUGCCUUGAGAAAUGGCGAGGAUCCGGGUGUCCGGUAUGUCGGUAUACACAAAAUGAUGCGCUGGCGUCCUCACACCUCCGCGGCGGUGGAACAACCAACGGCGAUGGCGAAGCACCAGAUAAUGAGUGUUCUGUAUGCGGCUCAACACAGAACUUGUGGAUCUGUCUCAUCUGCGGCAACACUGGCUGUGGGCGGUAUGACAGUGCUCACGCCUUCGCACACUACGAAGCCACCAACCAUACCUAUGCCAUGGAUGUCGUGAGUCAGUACGUUUGGGAUUACGCUGGUGACGGCUACGUUCAUCGCUUGAUCCAAAAUAAGGCCGAUGGUAAACUUGUCGACCUGCCCCUCGCGUCUUCGGCCGCCCAGGGCAACGAAAUGACGGGUUACGCCGGUGAUACAGUCCCACGCGAAAAGGUGGACAGCAUGCGCAUGGAGUACGCAUACCUCCUGACCUCACAACUCGAAUCGCAACGUCUUUACUUCGAAGAACAAGUUGAGCGCGCCGCGGAUAAAGCCUCCAAGGCAUCCUCCACGGUCGAGACACUCAGCGCUACCAUUGAAUCCCUCAGAUCCGAAAUCGACCGUCUCACCACCUCUAACACCGCUACCUCCGCUUCCCUCGCACAACUUGAGAAGCAGGCCGAGCGCAACGAGAAGAAAGCCCAGUCUGCACAGGAUCUCGCACGGAACCUCAGCAAGCAGAUCAAGGAAGAGCAAAUAAUGAACGAGUCGCUCAUGACACGCAUCCGACACGUCGAGGCACAGAAGCAGGAUAUCGAGUCGAGCUUGAAAGGCGCGCAAGGGGAGAAGGAGGACCUAGAAGAGCAAAUUCGCGAUUUGAGCUUCUUUAUUUCGGGCCAGAGCAAGUUGAAGACGAUGCAAUGGGAUGAGGCGCUGGGGUUGGAAAGCGGCGAGAUUGAGGACGCAUCUUUGCAGAUUGGUGGAGGUGGGGAGAAGGCGGAUAGCAAAGGCAAAGGUAAAACAAAGGGGAAGGGGAAGAAGAAGGGAUAG